AUCACACAGAAUACAUAUAUACAGGAGCACCAAUCAUUUUUCAAACAGGAGCACUCGUACAAAAAUUUACAAGCACCACAGGAGAAGGAAGAGUGCAUUGCCUCCCAACUGUAUUAUGAUCCACAGAAAAGCUGAUGCAAUGACCCAAGAGAAGGCAAAGGCUCCUGUUGCUAGACCAACUGCAUUCCCAAUGUUGCAAAGGUUUCUCGUCCAAUAUAUUCAGUGAUGGUUCAUUGGGAUAACAGUCAAAAUUCAUGUCGCAUGUUGAAGAUCGUUCUAUAAAGAAAUUGAGCCAGAAUAUGACAACCGUAGUAAUGAUGACACCUAGCAGUAGAACCCAGAGCCAGAAGAGUGCUUGUCUUUAUAGCCCAUGAAGCAAGGGAGAGCAGCAUAAAUACUGAAGCCAAUGGCCACAAUGAGAGCAAAUAGACUUGAACCAAUACUCUCAGCUUGAAAUUUCCUCACUAGCUAAGCCGCCUGAAGGUGAUGUCUCAAAAGUGCUGCUUAAAAGUAUUGUCGGAGGGUUUGAAGAGGUUGGGCCAACCAGAAGCCACUCGAAGCCGAAGGUUGUGGUUUAGACAAUAUGUCUCUCCCUCUCUUGUUGUUUGCUCUGAAGGUUAAAAGUUAUAGGAGGUGACUAGCAGACCAGGGGAGGGGGACAAGAGUGGCUACUGUGUCAGCUUUCUCAUUUAUUUGGCUUAUUCCCAUUAACUGUCUUAUACAUUUAUUCAUUUUGUUUCUUUACUGUUUCCAAGCUUUGACAGUCUUUAGACUUUAUAGUUUCCAGUAUGGCAAGGCUUCUUCUGUAAAGAGUAAUACUGUAUUGAACCCAUAUACCUUCCCAUUGUUCAUACCAUUGAUUUAUUUAAAGAAUGUGUACUAUCGUCUCUUAUUAAUCUAUUGAGGGGGUGCACUCCCAGUAUUGUCAAGAGUACAGUACAAGGAGCCAAUAGUGGAAAUGAUACUGCAAGAAAGUAACUUCACUAUGAUUCCAUGUUGACGGGAGGAGGAGCCCAGUUUAGUUCUACUGCUCCAGAUCAAACUAGUGGAACAAUGCUCCCAGGAUUUGUUUGUGGCAAAGCUGACCUCACUUUAUAUCAGUUCAAUGCAGUACUAGUUCAAGACUACUACUGGCUCUAUUGGAACUUCUCUAGUAGCACAGAGUUGAUAUCAUUUGCAGUCAAGGUACAAACUACUGGAUGGAUUGGGUUUGGACUCUCACCAAAUGGACAGAUGCCAGGAUCUGAUGUAGUUAUUGGAUGGGUAGAUCAAUAUUCUGGACCAGUUUUUCAUGAUAGGUAUGCUUAUGGGAGAUAUGCUCCACCUAUUGAUCCAAUACAGAACUGGUUCCUAACUAAUGCUGAGGUAGAGGAUGGAUAUACUGUCCUGGAGUUUUAUCGCAACUUUAUCACCUGCGAUGACUUGGAUAAUGAAAUUUUACUAGAAACUGCACGUAUUGUGUAUAGCUGGAAUGACAACUUUUACAGAGCUUCCUUUCCGAUCAGCAUUAGCCUCAGCAAGCACACCACUGCAGGCUCUACUAGCAUUAAUCUACGUGGUGGACUACCUAAUGCACCUCCAAUACCAGAGGACUCUCAAUCUUUCACAAUUGCAGUCAAUGAGGUUGAAAUACCAAACUAUGAAACCACCUACUGGUGUACAGGAGUAGCUCUGGACUCUUCCAUUACUGAAGAAGAGAAAUAUAUCAUUAGAAUAUCUCCUUAUAUUACAUCUGGUAGUGAACCUUAUGUACACCAUAUCCUCGUAUAUGUUUGUGAUGGAUUAGAUAACUCCGAUACAGGAAAAGGCGGGAAUUGUGACACUGAGAUCAGUGAUAAUAUGAGAAAUUGUCUCAGUCAAACUCUAAUUGCGGCAUGGGCCGUUGGGGGCUCAGAUUUUGUAUACCCUGAGCAUGUUGCCUUUCCCAUUGGUGGACCAAAUGGUGAACAGUUUGCUGUCAUACAAUUGCAUUAUAAUAAUCCAGAACAGGUAUCAGGUAUUACUGAUAGUUCUGGUAUUGUCUUCACUUACAUUGACACAAGAAGGCAAUAUGAUGCUGGGAUCCUGUUUCUUGGUCACGCUGUUGCUCCAGUCAUGAUUAUACCUCCUAACACAAACAACUUCAAAACCAUUGGAUUAUGCAGUGGUCCAUGCACUAAAACAUAUUUUCCAUCUUCCGGAAUGCACAUAUUUGCUAGCAUGCUCCACACUCACCUAGCAGGUUCUGGAAUAAAAUUGGCCCAUCUAAGCACAGCCGAGUGUACUAGUGAAGGGAAAACUGCCUAUCAAGAGCUUCAACCGAUUGAAAAUAAUCCACACUAUGAUUUUAAUUUUCAGCAAGCUACUCACCUACCUCAAGAGAUUACUGUAUUACCAGGUGAUACUUUACUGCUAGAGUGCAAGUACAACACAACUGGCAGAACUGGAGUGACAUUAGGAGGUGAGAGCACGUUGCAGGAGAUGUGCCUCUCUUUUCCUGUGUAUUAUCCUCGAAUGACUGAACUACCAAAAUGUGUGAGCCUACCACUCUUUGAUAACAUGGACCAAUUCAUUGACAACUAUGUCCCAGAUGAACACAAGCUAUCCUUUUAUAGCCUGACACCAGGAUCAAGUGCUGAGACAUUAGAGUCUACUAUGAAUCUCCUGAAGUGGACCCAAGACCAAAUCAAUGGCUAUCAACAAUACAUAUAUCAAGAGGGACUCCAGUGGUCUUCAUGUGGAGAAAAUAUGGGUUAUUCUAGCACCGUCCCUUCAGUGUCUUGCUGCUCUUAUGAAGCUCCUGAUGUGUGUACUGGGACUGAGCCUGCUCCAUGUUGUCAAAGAUGCUGUCAUGCUAAGUGUGGUACAGACACAACACGUGUCAGUGCUCUCAUGCUGAUUCUUAUCAGCGCAGUGAUGACACUUUUAAUACUUUGAUAGUGAAUUGAACAGUAAAUGUAAUAUUAUUUGUAUUGACAAUUAUUGUGUAAAACAUGUCUGAUUGGUAUUAAGGUAAAAAAUUUUUUUCAUCUUUAGGCAGUUCCAUUAAAAUUACUUGGUUUACGGAUCCGACCGACUCCAAUUUUUGGAAAA